AUGCCAACCAAUGAUUGUCGUGCCUUGCAAUCGUCCAAGAUAACCCUACACAACAUGAGGACAAGUUCCAGCGUGUUGAAGUCCGUGUUCAACCCUCAGUGCGACUCGGAGAUGCAAGCAACCCUAGAAACAUACCUGCCUGCGACAGUUCGGUUUUCACCUCAGGCGAUAGUCGCUCUGGUCAUCGCAGCCUUCCUUGCUCUGUUAUACGCGAAGAAGACGUUGGCUGUCGUCUCCGACUCCGGGCGCGAUGCGAAGAGGCCACCCCUCGUGCCCUCCGGAUGGCCUUGGCUCGGCAAUGCAAUACAGUACGCGUACAAUCGCAUAGAAUUUGUGCAGCGGGCUCGGGAAAAUCACGGACCUAUUUUCAGGACAACGCUUGCCGGCCGAGAUGCGACCUUCAUGACUUCUCCAUCUUUUAUCGCCGCACUCAUGAGGCGUUCUCAGCAGCUCUCGUUUUAUCCGAUCCGUGGACUCGUACACACUCGCACAUUCAAGAUGUCGUUCGAUGCAGCGACCUCGCCAGAAGUCGAUGACCAGGUAUAUCCUGUCGCAUUCCACCCUUAUUAUUCAAAGGCGCUCAUGGGAGCCACUACUGCCGUCUUCGGUCCGCUGCUGUUGGCUUCACUCGAAGCUCUCAUCGACCAUUCUGCUUCCACCUUCGAGAUGCGUCUGCAGGACCUCAUAUUUCCUGCCUUUUUCCGAUGUUCAUCACGCACGUCCUUCGGAAUGGGAUUCCCGGCGGACGCUGCAUUGCCGGAAUUCUUGGUCUUCGACAAGGGAUUCACAUCGUUGUCAUCAGGACUGCCUACAUUUUUCUUUCCCCGGUACCAGCGAGCUCGUGACAACCUCCUCUCCAUCAUCCACACACAUCUAGAGCCCUGCCUGUCAGACGGUAGCAGCACUGGCCCGGACCCAAACCUAGCGUUCGAGGUUGCUAUCGCCAUGCGGCGCGCAGGCUGGAGCCGAGAGGACACAGUCGGCCAUCUACUGGCAUUCCUGUGGGGUUCACAGGGAAACACGAUGUGGCUGACAUUUUGGUGUCUGUCGUACAUCCUCGUCGAUGCCGCCUGCAUCGCACGCAUCCGGAGCGAGCUUCACGAGGUGCUGCAAAGGGACUGCGGAGGCAGUAUCAAGCGCUUAGUUGCUGCGGACCCUGCGAUUCUGGAGGCCUCCAACUUCCCGCUGCUGGAGUCAGCGACGAAGGAGACGCUGAGGUUGUGCUCUGAGUUCAUCAUCGCGCGGGUCGCAAAGGAAGACACGAUCUUCGAUGUUCCGGGCCAGAGGUCUUACCAUGUCCCUGAGGGCGGGUGGGUAUUUGGGUUGCCCACGUUCGUCAACCUCGAUCCAGAUGUACAUAGCGCCCCCACGGAAUUCCGCAUGGAUCGCUUCCUGGAGGACGAUGGGCACACCGCGCCCAAGUUCUACAAGGACGGCAGGCGUGUCGAUACCAAUCUCAUGUUCUGGGGAGGAGGAAGCCAUGCUUGCAAGGGUCGUUUCGUUGCGGAGUAUGAGGUCAAGCUGUUCAUCAUCUUAGUGAUAUCUCUGAUGGACCCAACUCCGGUUGGGGUCGUGAACUGCUCGGACGGGGCAUUCGUGAAGGAGCCUCUGGUCCCGAAACGCACCGAGACUCACAUUGGGGUUUUGCACAGCGACAAAGAUUUAGUUAUUUGCUGCACCUCGCAGUCGGCGCAGCAUUCACAAGUCAUAUAA